AGCGGGGGAGAAGCUCGGACCGGCCGCCUCGGGGGCUCGCGCCCGUCCCGGCGGGCCCCGCACUGGGGCGGCGCGGCCGGAGGAGGGACCGGCCCUCCCGCCGCCGCAGCGGGAGAGGCGGGGAGAGGGAGGGAGAGAGAGAGAGAGAGAGAGGGAAGGAGAGAGGCGGCUGCCGCAGCCCGGGGCAUCGCUGCAGUGGCGGCGGCGGGCUGAGCCCGCCUGGUGCCAUGGCCCAGCGGCAGCCGGCCGCCCCCGGGGGCCCCGAGGCGGCGGAGCCCGGGGCUGUGGCCGCCGCCCCGGGGCUGGCGGUGGGGAGCGGCCCGGUGCCCAUCCGAGUGGCCGUCCAGGCGGCGGAGGAGGAGGAGGGCGAGGAGGAGGAGGAGGAGGGCGGCGGCGGGCUGUGCCCGGCGGCGCGGGACGGCGGCAGCUGCAGCGAGGAGGACGCGGGGCGGUGCGGGCGCGGCAGCAGUGGGGACAACGAUGAUGACUCUGACCAGAACUGGAAACCACCAGAAAAUGACCUGAUCCAGAAGUUAAUAGCACAGAUUGAAUAUUACUUCUCAGAUGAGAACCUUGAGAAAGAUACCUUCCUUUUAAAGCACGUGAGAAGAAAUAAGAUGGGCUAUGUCAGUGUUAAACUCCUCACUUCUUUUAAGAAGGUGAAGCACCUUACCCGCGACUGGAGAACCACAGCCUAUGCACUGAAGUACUCUGACACCCUUGAGCUCAAUGAUGAUAACAAGAAGGUUAGAAGAAAUACUCCAGUUCCAGUGUUUCCAAGUGAGAACCUCCCUACCAGGAUGUUACUGGUGUAUGAUAUCCACAGGAUUUCUGAGCUGGAGGCUCCUACCAAACAACAAGAAAAUGGAUGCGUGCAAGAAAAGAUAAUGGAACGUCUCCUCAAAGCCUUUGUAACUUUUGGUGCAAUUUCAUCAGUUCGUAUUCUCAAGCCUGGUAGGGAUCUACCACCUGAUAUCAAGAGGGUCAGCAAUCGGUACACCCAACUGGGAACUCAGGAAUGUGCAAUUAUAGAAUUUGAAGAAGUAGAUGCUGCCGUACGUGCUCAUGAGUUCAUGUGUGCUGAAGAGACUGGCAUGAAAGUUGUCUUAAUAGGCAUGAAACCUCCAAAGAAAAAAGUUCCCAAAGACAAGAACCGUGACGAGGAUACCAGCAAGAGCCUUAAGAAGGCUAAAUCCCCUAAUAAGAGAGUUGAGGAACUUCAGUUUGUUGGUGAUGAAUCUUCAGCAAACAGCUCUUCUGACCCAGAGAGUAAUCCGGCAUCACCGUUGUCAGGACGCAAAAGUACCACAACGAACACUAGAAGUAACUUGAGCCCCGUCAUUCACCCAAACAACCAUUUGAGUCCUAACGUGUCACCCAGAUCAAGUCCUUGGAACAGUCCAUCUUCACUAAGAAAAGUAACCAAAAAGUCUCCGCUGGCUGAAGACAGCAAGCUUAACCCAGGCACUAGCCCUGAAAUGCCAAGGAAAGGUACGGAUUAUUCCUCGGAUAGCAGUAUCACUCCUUCGGGCAGCCCCUGGGUACAGAGAAGAAAAGCUCAAACUGUAACGCAAGAGAAGAGUCCUGUCAGUAGCCCCAUGUUGGCUCGGAAAAUACAGAACGCAGACGGGCUACCUGUAGGGGUGCUGCGGCUGCCCAAAGGUCCUGACGGCACUAAGGGAUUCCACGGCGGAGGUGAAAGGAGGAAGGCUAUGAAGAAUGAAUAAAUCAUUCUUUAAAGACAGUUUCACAAGUCACUCAACUGCUUUUGUUUAAGUCUGGUGAAAAAUUGUCACUUGAGUGACCAAGUCAAGUCAGUAUUUCAUUUUCAAAGAUUUUGUAUUCAUAUAGAGAAUUUAUCACGUGCAUAUUUGUAUACUCACUUCACAGAGUGACGGGCCAGUUGAGGUUGGAAGGCAUCUCUGGAGAGUGCCUGGUGCCCUUCCUUUGCUCGAGCAGGCUGCAGCGCAGCAGCUCCCUGCGGGGUGUGGACAUCUGCGUGGCUGGAGACUCCCCAGCCGGCCUGGGCAACGUGUUCCCACCUCCAGCCACCCACAGGAAAAGGUGUUUCCUUAUGGGCAGGUGGAAUUUCCUGUUCUAGUUGCUGACCCUUUUCCUGUUACUGGGUAUCACUGGGAAGAGCCCGGUGCCACCUUCUUUCCUCCUUCCCAGCAGGUAUUUAAAGACAUGGAUGCGAUCCGCCCCCAAGCCUUCUCUUCUCCAGUCUGAACCGCCCCAGCUCUCCCAGGAGAGAUGCUCCAGUCUCUAAACCAUCUUACGCACUUACCUAAUGCAGUGCCCUUACCUGUAGUAUUUUUUUUAUGUAGUAGUUUGAAAUACCUAAAUAUUGAAAAAGGCAUAGAAGUCAUUCAUGUAACUACACGAUUUCAAAGCGACGAUCCUGAAGAGCGCGUGUAAGUGCUUACAGUUUAGCGGUCGUACGAUGAUGAGCUGUGGUGCUACCAGCCGCAUCCUAAGGAAGAGAGAGUUGGCGGACUUUCUGGGUUUGUCUCAAAUGGAACGCCAAGAAAGACGCUGCAGAGCUGCUCUCUGCUCGCGCACGUCUCCAAAGACAGCAGCGUUCAGGAGGACCAAAGUGUGUAUUUUCAUGUGAUGCAAAGAAAGACUCUGAGCAUCGAAGACUGUUUUGUAAGGGUUAUCUCAUAUAAUCAGAUGGAAAUAAACAAAAAUAUUAACU